AUGUUCGGGUCGAGACGCCACCAUCAUACCGCUACCACCACCACCACCCCCCCCCGACGCGGCUUCUUUGCUCGCAGAAAGCCUGUGCACCACCACAAGCGCAAGCCCUCCAUCGGGGACAAGGUCAGCGGCGCUCUGAUGAAGCUCCGGGGCAGCUUGACUCGCAGGCCUGGCCUGAAGGCUGCUGGGACGCGGCGCAUGCACGGCACCGAUGGCCGCGGCUCCCACCGCUGCUGA